AUGAGCGCCAACACCCCCCGCACAUCUUUGCGUCAGGGCUUGCGGCAAGCCCCUAAAGCGAAUCAGCCCUUUAUCCCAGAUACUGCGCCUGUGAGGCGGUCUCAUAUUCACGCGAAUCAGUCACCACAGCCGCCGUCGGCGAGUCAAACACAUCCGACCACCCCUCUCAACCCGAAUAGUCCGCAACCGAGCAUUGACAUGUGGGAAGGAAAGGAACAGCGACAAGUUCCUAUGUCUACGCGUGAGGUAGCAACGCCGGGCAAUAGACCCGGCCUAUUUCUCAGCGUUCAUGAAGGGGGGAAGAUAGCCAAGCAACCGGACUUCUACGAUCCGUAUUUCCCGCUGAGAUACCUAGAGGUCCCUAAAUCUGAUCACAUCUACAAACGGGCACACUACGGUCUUCAGUCUGGGAUAGCGGAUGAAGUCGAUUUCGCGCUGUACCAUCUCGUUCAAAUUUCCAACCAGCGGUGGGACAAGUUCAAGUUCGAAGGUUUCCCCUUGCUUGCAGAGACAUUAAUGGAAAAAGCGAUCGAUGUCUCAGUAAUCUGCACAGGCGUCAAGUGGGAAUUACAGUAUGACUUUCGGCAACCCACGGACCGUGUCAAUGUGUUGAACUCGCUGCACGGCACACGAGACAUUCUGGAAAAAAUCAACAAUAUCCCAGUCACACUGCCUGGUGACACGCUUGAGACAUAUGAAUUCAACCACCGUCUGCGUAACGUCAAGGAAGCCACGCUAGUUCUGAGAAACAUGGUUUUACUGAAGGAGAACGCAUUUUACGUAUCACGCUACGCUAAAGGACUGCUCAGAGACUUCUUGGUUAUCCUGAUCAACCUACCCAAUCAACCUCGGCUCAACGAGAUCAAGAACGAUGCCCUGGAUAUUGCGGAGGAGGUGACCAAGUUCAUGAGAACGGACCCUGAGGACCCGCUCUGGAUCUCCCUCGUUAACUGUCUUGAAUCCUCGGACCGCGCUCAUGUUGUCCGGGCACUUUGGGCCUUGACUCAUUUCUCAACCGAGCUGGAUGAACCGGAAGCAAACCGAGCACUAGAGCGUAUAUCGAAACCGACACUGCAACAGCUCUAUUUCCAUACGCUCCUCGACGCGGACAGAGACAUCUUGAGUGGUGCGCUUGAUUUCUGGUACCAAUACACGCUGUCACGUGAAAAUAUCGAGCACAUGAUGGAUGUCUUCAACCUUUCCGUUGUCUUCGUCCCGCGGAUGAUCGCGCUAUUAACACAUGACGGGCGUCCUAGCAAGAAAGAAACUGUUCUACAAGAAGAAAAAGUGGCUCCGCCACCAACGGAAAUUCCCCGGGUACCCCCCGAGCUCCUAAAAGAGCUAAUGGAGUUAUCGGAACCGGAGCGUAGCUCCCGUUGGUUGCGUUGCUGCUUUGUCGAGGACGCGGACUGUGAAAUAACUCAGAUCGCGUUGUGGCAGGCGUAUCAGAGCCGUUUUGCAGACCCUCGUGUUCCAGGCGGCGGUGUUCUUCCAGCAGCCGAGUUCAUCAAGAAUGUCAGCACGACCUUCACGAAUGCCCAGGCCCAGGUAAUUAAUGGCCCCGGCGCCACAACCAGAUUCAUCAUCAAAGGCAUCCGCCCUCUAGAAACCGCCUACACCUUCCAAGGCUUCCCCUACAUUUACUGCAAAUGGGCGGACGCUUCGAAACAAAUGAAACCUUGCCAACGUGCCUUUGCAACCCCGACAGACCUGCGCAACCACAUCUUUGGAGAUCAUAUGAAUCUCAAGCCCACUGAAACAUCGGGUCAUUAUAACCUGGACAAGGCCGACUCUCCCAUCCAUACCUGUCUAUGGGAUAAUUGUACUAAAUUCCGUUCGUCUGGUCCCAGCGACAACACCGCUAUGGUUGCCGGCCACGUGUCGUCGCAUCUGCCUGAAGAGCGACUCACGGAUGCCGAAGCUCCAAUCUCCAAGCGUGCUGUGCUCCAGGAGCGUAUUGUGCGCAAAUGGUUCUACGUGGACACCCCAAUAAACGAACGAGGCGAGCCCAUCGGCGUGGCUUACAAAGCUGCUCUUGUUCUGCGCAAUCUUGCCAGAAAUCUCCCAAGUGGCAUCGCCCCCGGGUUCAACGGACUUCCAUGGAAGAAGGCCGUAUUCCUCAGCAACCGCCCCAAGAUUGUCGAGAUAUGGGACCGUAAUCGAUCGUUACGCAAGGAACUCACGGAACUCAUCAUGAUAAUAGAGAGAGAGGAUUACUACUAA